AUGGCUCUAUCCGACAUCUUUGGCUUUUCUUUUUCACUGAUCGCCGCCUCCUGCAUCGUUCUGUACGUGCUGUAUUGGACCGUGACCACCUACAUGCAAUAUCGAAAACUCCAGCACAUCAAAGGUCCUUGGCUUGCCGCUAUCUCACCUCUAUGGAUGUUCUACUACACCUGCAGGGGCACCCUAUACCUGGCAGUUGAAGACGCGCUCAGGAAAUAUGGCUCGCCUGUACGCAUCGGCCCCGACUACAUAGCGACAGAUGACCCUGUGAUCCAAAGACAUAUGAAUGCCCCCAGAUCACCUUUCACUAAGGGUCGCUGGUUCAGAGGAAUGAAGUUCGAUCCACGUCGAGAUAAUCUGCUGUCCAUGGCAGAUGAGAAGGCCCAUACUGAUCUCAGGACGAAGUUGAUGCCGGGGUACACCGGAAAAGAAGUUCCUAGGCUUGAAGCAGAUAUCGAUGCACGAGUACUAGAACUACUAGAUUUGAUUCGUCGAGACUACGUUGAAAAGAAUCAGGCCAUGGACUUUGCAAAGCUAGCAGGUUACUUCACUCUUGACAUACUGACUCAAAUCGCUUUCGGCCAGGCGAUUGGAUUUUUGAUCAAGAACGAAGAUCUUUACGAUUACCACAAGUCGAGCGCCGCAUUCUAUCCAAUCAUGGAGAUGAGUUCAAAUCACCCGACAAUUCUGGCGUUUCUCAACAGCCGACUUAUGCAAGGGGCGGCACCCAAGCCAACUGACAAGAUAGGAUUCGGGGCCAUUGUAGGCGUCGCCCACAAGGCGGUGGCCGAGCGAUUUGGACCUGAUGCAAAGAAGGUAGAUGAUAUGUUGGGCUCAUUCGUCAACCACGGCCUCUCCCAGCAGGAAUGUGAGGUUGAAUCUCUGCUCCAGAUCCUGGCAGGUGCCGAUUCAACUGCCACUGCACUCCGGACUACGUUCCUGUAUAUCUUGACCAGCCCUCCAACGUACAGCAAACUGCGAGAGGAGAUUGCCGCUGCAGUGGAUGCUGGUAACAUCGACUAUCCAGUCAUCAGCAACAGUCAGGCUCAAGCUUUACCCUACCUCCAGGCCUGUAUCAAAGAAGGCCUCCGGAUGUUUAUGCCGUUACAAGGUCUCGCAGGACGAGUCUCACCAUACCCUGAUGGUGCAACCAUCAACGGAGUCUUUAUCCCACCGGGAACUGAAGUCGGAGUGGCCUCAUAUGCAGUCGGCCACCGCAAGGAUUUCUAUGGGCCAGACGCUGACACCUUCCACCCUGAGCGGUGGAUCGAGAGCGACGACGAAACGAUUAAGGGGUAUGAGAGAAUCAAUGAAUUGGUAUUUGGAACCGGGAGAUCGAGCUGUCUGGGCAAGAGCAUUGCGCUAAUGGAGUUGAGCAAAGCUGUUUUUGAGCUAUUGCGGCAUUAUGACUUUACUGUCGUCAAUCCUUUCAACCCCAUCAAAGUGAGAUCGAAUUCAGUGGUCGUCCAAGAAGAUUUCGCUGUGAGAGCGUGGCCUAGGAAACAACGCUGAAAAUAGAUGGUG